GACUCCCAGCAUCCAUCCCCUCAACAUUCACACGAUCGCUUUCUGAUCAUCCAUCUCAAAGCUACUAGCAAACACGGGUGCUGAAACGGUAAAAGACGAUGGAGUAGCAUGCGCGCGUUUGUCCAUUAUUUUCUUCCAUUCCCUUUGAUGGAUGUGCACUUUUAUUGGAAUAAACAUUCAUUGCACGACUGAGAUUCAGACCGAUCCUCUUCCUGGCUGAUGCAGCAUGGCUUCUGACAACACACAGCGCAGUUACUCCAUCAUACCAUGUUUUAUCUUUGUGGAGUUGGUGAUCAUGGCCGGGACUGUACUGCUGGCCUAUUACUUUGAGCUGACCGACACCUUCGGCAUCCACGUCCAGGGAUUCUUCUGCAACGACGCUGACCUGAUGAAACCAUAUCCCGGAGUGGACGAGACCAGCUUUAUCCCUCCACUCAUCCUCUACUGUGUGGUCGCAUCCGCUCCCACUGCCGUUAUCUUCAUCGGGGAGUUAUCCAUGUACAUCAUGAAGUCCACCAGGGCAGCGCUGCUAGCCCAGGAAAAAACCAUUGUGACGGGAGAAUGCUGUUACCUCAACCCCCUCAUCAGGAGAAUCAUCAGGUUUGUUGGUGUGUUUGCAUUCGGCCUGUUUGCGACAGACAUAUUUGUGAACGCGGGUCAGGUUGUGACGGGCAACCUGACCCCCUACUUCCUGUCUGUGUGCAAGCCGAACUACACCGGGACAGAGUGCCGCUUCAACCACCAGUUCAUAUCCAAAGGAAAUGUCUGCACAGGCAGCCCAGCUGUGGUUGAGAAGGCCCGACGAUCCUUUCCUUCCAAAGACGCCUCUCUUAGCGUCUACUCUGCUGUCUAUGUAACUAUGUACAUCACCAGCACCAUUAAGACUAAGAGUAGCCGCUUGGCCAAGCCAGUUCUAUGUCUCGGUACCCUUUGUACAGCCUUCCUGACUGGGCUCAACAGGGUCUCAGAGUACCGGAACCACUGUUCUGAUGUCAUCGCAGGCUUCAUCCUGGGCAGCUCAGUGGCUCUCUUCCUGGGAAUCUGUGUAGUGAACAACUUUAAAGGAGCACAUUCUACUCUCAUCAAACCGAAGACUGAAGAUUACAGAGGGCUCCCUCUAAUGACGUUCCCUCGUGUGGAGAGACUGGAGAACCCACUGGAGACCCUCAGUGCACAGAACCAUUCGGCAUCGAUGACUGAGGUCACAUGACUAGCGGGGACCGCGGGCGGCCAACACCGGGUCACCUUUGCGUCUCCUCAACACAACUUCUAGGCACAAUGAUGUUUUUGUACUGUGUCAUACUACUGCUGUAAAAAGGACGGUAUUCUGGUGUAAGUUACUAGUUAGAGGCCCAUGUUUUGUACAUUUUGUAUAAGAGAAAGUGCUGUAGCCUACCCAACCCUGAAGAUGUUGCUAUAUUUGGUCUAAGCUAAGGUUGCAAAAUUCUUGAAACUUUGACAAGUUCUCGGGUUUUUCCUAAAUGCUGGUAGGAACAUUGCUUUAAUUUAAAUUGGGUAGAAAUCUAGAUUUUCCAACCAGGCUUUCUGGAAAACCUGGUAAUUUGUCAGGUCUGAACUGUCACGUAUCAAGACUUAUUCACACAGUCAUCUCUCUGUCCUCUUUCCUCUGGAAAUAUAAGAUACAGUAAAGUCUAUCUAAUGUUAUUAAAAUAUUGAUGUUGUUCUGUGGUAUUUGUACAAAUCCAUUGAUCCUUUCUGUUUCAAUGUUUGUACAUUUAUUGAAAAGUCAUUUUGUAUAUUUUUUAAACUUUGUUUUAAUUAUAUUUUUUGCCUGCCGUUUUUCAGGAAUGUCUUUGGUAUUCAUAAUUGUUUUGGUGUUGGAAAAAACCUCACAUUGGAUUGUGACACAGUCUGGUAUUGUUUUGUUACCUUUAUGGCGUCCAGAAACGGCCAUUUUGUUAGCAUGGAAGUACACAUUUGAACUGUUUGAAUAGAUAUUCCCUUUGUAUAUUGUCUUUCUUUGAAAAUGGCAUUUCUUGUGAAAUGCUGCAUAUAUUUUUCUUGAUUUGUCCACAAAAUAAAGUCAGUAGCAGAGUG